GAAAUAAACAAGCCAAAACAUGAAUGACUUUAGCAAAUAAAAUACAAUAGAAGUGGAUUUUGGUCUAUUUUGCAGUUUCUAGGCAGUCGUUGAUCUAUCAUUCACAGAUGCCGCCAAAGAGGAAAGCAGCAGGAAAGGCCAAAGGUGCAGGAGGCAAGAAGGCAAAGGUUGAAGAGGCGCCAGCUGCUCCAAAGACAUUGAAAGAUGCAGCAGCUGCUUUAAAGGCAGUAGACAAGAAAGUGGGUGGAAAGAAAACUCACAAAGUUGAUAGCUUUGUGCCGUUUGCAUCAAAUUAUUCGGUAGUGGAUGACUUUGACUGCAUGUUAAACCAGACCAACAUUGGCCACAACAACAACAAGUUCUACGUAAUACAGAUGCUGCAAAAUGGGACAGAUUACUACAACUGGACCAGAUGGGGACGUGUUGGUGAGUCAGGCGCAAACUCUAUGAAUUUAGCAAGUACAAAAGAUGCUGCUAUCAAGGACUUCGAGAAAAAAUUCAGAGACAAAACAAAGAACAAAUGGGCAGAUCGCAAAGACUUCAAACCUUGUGCGGGAAAGUAUGCGCUCAUAGAGAUGGCCGAUGAGGAUGAGGAUGAGGUGGAUGCUCCAGUUAUGGCAGCGCCCAGUGCUGCGAAUAAAAAGGUGGCAGCACCAAAGCUGGACAGGAAUACGCAGAACCUGCUGAAGUUAAUUUUUGAUAAUGACAUGUUCAGAGAUACCAUGAAAAAGUUUGAUAUUGAUGUGAAAAAGAUGCCACUAGGAAAACUAAGCAAAGGACAGAUUGCAAAGGGCUUUGAUGUUCUUGAUGAUAUCGAGAAGGAGCUGAAUGCUAACAGAAGAAACAAGCUUGCGGAGCUUUCAUCAAAGUUUUACACAGUUAUUCCCCAUGACUUUGGCCGGAAGGUGCCCCCUGUCAUCAGCGAUCUGGAGUCACUGCGGUCUAAGAUGGAUAUGCUUUUGGUAUUGGGAGACAUUGAGGUUGCCCUGAGUCUUCAAAAAGAGAAGGAUAAGAAGAUGACAGAGACAAAGGGCGACUUGCUGCCCAAUCCUAUGGACAUUAACUACGGUCUUCUCAACUGUGAACUGGAAUACCUUGACAAGAAGUCUCCUGAGUUUAAGGUGAUAGAAACAUACACGAACAACACUGGGGGAGGUUGGCGACAGGCAAAGAUUCGCGAGGUGUUUAAGGUCUGCAGAGAUGGAGAGAGUUCCCGGUUUGCAGCCCAUGACAAGAUCACCAACCGUAAGCUACUGUGGCACGGCACAAGUGUGGCUGUGGUGGCGGCCAUCUUGAAAGGCGGACUGCGAAUCAUGCCCCACAGUGGCGGGAGAGUGGGCUCAGGAAUUUACUUUGCAUCAGAAAAUUCAAAAUCAUCCAGCUAUGUGGGGACUGUAGGCACAAAGGGCAUUAUGUUUCUUAACGAGGUCGCCCUGGGAAAGGAGCAUCAUGUGGACACGAACCAGUCGCACCUCAAGGCCGCUCCCGCUGGGUAUGAUUGUGUAAUCGCACAAGGAAACACCGAACCGGACCCGAAGAAAAACACAACACUGACAUUUGAUGGCAAGAAGGUGGUGGUCCCCCAGGGUAAGCCCAUACCCAACCCGAAAUGGGGCCACAGUCACUUUGGCCAGAGCGAGUACCUCGUGUACAAGGAGAGCCAGAAUCGCAUCAGAUACCUCCUCCUCAUGGACUUUUAAGGGAGAUAUCACUACAUUUUAGGGGAGAUAUUUCUCCUCAUGGACUUCUAUGGCAGAUAAAAUUGCAUUUAUGGGGAGAUAUUUCUCCUCAUGGACUUUUAUUAUGGCAUAUAAAAUUGCAUUAUAGGGGUGAUAUCUUCUCCUUAAGGAUUUAAAGUGAAAUACCACUACAUUUUAGGGGCAAUAUCUUUGUCUCAUGGACUCCUAAGGGAUAUACAUUUUAGGGGAGAUAUCUAAGGGAAAUACCCAUUACAUUUAAGGGGAGAUAUCUACUCAUGGGUUUCAUGAGGCAAAUACCACUACAUUUUAGUAAAGAUAUCUAUUCAUGAAUUAAUAACAGAGAUUCCACUACACUUUGUGUAAUAUUUCACUACAUUUUUUUGGAUAAUUAUAUUUUCUCUUCAUGUUUCUUUAGAUGCCAAUAUUCUUAAGGGAGAUAUCUACUCAAUGACACUAUACAAUGUUACACAUAGUUAUGUAAACCUUCAGGGCAUUUUAGUAAGAUAUCUCCCCAUUGUUAGCUGCGAGUGAUGUAUUGUUAGAGGCACUCAAUUGUUCUUGUUAUAAUAUUUUCCACAGGGUAAAACACUAUUGAUAAUUAGUCCAAUGUUGUUGUUGUAGUAGUAACGUUGACACCUAGACUCACAUGUGUGCCAUGCUAGAUUUGUAGUGAUUGUAAGGUGUAAGAGUUUAGGCUGGAGACAUGGAAUAAAGAAUGUAGAAGUUGGUAUUCAAAAACUUAUAAAAGCAUUCCUUUCAUACUUUAAUUACUUAAAGAAAUAGUUGUAAUGGUUUUCUAUUGCACUUUUUAAGGAUGCUUGUCAAGGCAUUUCUUAUCAAAUAGGUGUUUGUUAGCUCAGUAAUGGCAUUUUAUUUUAAUAUUUUGGAAUACAUGUACUUAUGUUUAGGUAGACUUUUCUGAAACAAAGAAACUAGCUGUUAUAGUUUGUUAACUACUGACUAGGUUUAUUAUAGGUGUUAUAAGACAUUGAGCCCGUUAUUUGAGAUAAAUAGUUAAUACAGUCCAAUCUUUAGUUUAUCAUUUAUGCUGUAAUUUACUGUAAGAUUCUCAUCUAUUAAAUCAUUUUGAUAAUCCGUUAUGUGAUAUUUGAUUGCGAAAUUGAGUAAUCAAAGAAACUGACUUCACAACAAUCAAGAAUUCAAAGUAUCCUUUGUUUUGAACAACUGAUAUAAAUGCUAUUGGUAGAACAUUACCUGUGUGUAUUUUUAGUUCUGAUAAACUUUUGUGUAACUAUUUUAUUUAUGCUUCUAUUUUUAUUAUUUUUUUAUAUUCAAUUUUGAGUCACUCUUACAAUUUUACCCUCUAUUGUACCCCCUAUAUUAAUACUUUUAAUAUCCUUAUAUUUUUAAAAGUUUAUUGUUAUUAUCCUUCUUUUGAGUCUAUUUAUAUGUAAUGUUGUGUUUCUUUAAGUAUUGGAUUGCAAUAAAAAAAACAAUAAUGAAUUUAAAAAAAAAAGAGUUAUAAAACCAUGAAAAUCCUGCAAAAAAAAUAUUCAUUCUUCAUCACUUCCCCAAUCAUGGCCCAUGUUAGCCUGCCGUUUUAUGAUAUUGUGUUAAUGAUAAAUGUUAGUGUUUUUUAAUAAAUGUUCGUGUUUUUUUAUUUGGUUGUUGUAAAUUGUUUACUUGCAGCUGUGUUAGCUUUCUUUUAACAAUUUUAUGAAAUAUUUUGUGGUUAAUUAUCUGUGAUACCUUUCUUUACAACUCCAAUUUUAUACAAGCUUGAAACAACUGUAUAUUCAACAUAGUUUAUGUGUGUAACUAUUCUUUUAAAUCGAACAAACAAUGUAUGCAGUGAUUUUAUAUUUUGAUGUUUUGUCUGAGAAUGCUUUUUUAUAUAUAUUAUUAUCAUCAUGCCAUUCCCUUGUUGAUUUAUCUAAUCAUUUUGAAGUCAUCUAAAUUAAUUAAAGGAAUUUAUUUUAUGUGACCAGAGAUUUUAAUUCUUUUUAACCAUGUUAUUGACUACUUGUUUACGAUUUGUUUUUAAAAUUGUUUACACCUUAGUCAACAUUAGUUCACUUACAUAAAUUGAAAGUAUGUGUAGUUCACUUAAUUUCCAUAGAGCAUUAGUAAUAAAA